AUGGAGGAGCAAGAAAAAGUGUCUGAUCUGAUCUCAAGAUUGAGGAGCAUCACCAAUCAAAUGACUGGUUGUAGUGAGAAGUUAACUGAAGAGAAAUUGUGUGAAAAUAUAUUAAGAUCUUUGCGUCCAAAAUUCAAUUACAUUGUGUGUGCCAUUGAGGAAUCCAAAGACAUUUCUAUAUUGAGUCUUGAAGAGUUAGAGGGAACUUUAGAAGUAAAAGAGUAUAGAAUGGAGGAAAGAUGCAGAAUGAAACCUGGUGAUCAAGCGUUGGCAACACAAAUGUACAAGAAGAGAGAUCAAUCAAAGCAUAAGAAGAAAUACGAGGACGAGGCUGGUGCUACUCAAGAAGAGGCUGGUGCUACUCAAGAAGAUGAUUCAGACUCAAACACAAUUUUGAGCAAGAUCAGGUUUGCUGAUGAUAGAACCUUGGAAGCUGAGGGAGCUGACAACAUGGUGAUCAAGAGAAGAAAUGGGAAAAUAGUGGUGAUUGAAAAUGUGUUGUAUGUGCCAGGAAUGAAAAGUAGUUUGUUGAGAAUAGCACAAUUGAUUCAGAAAGGAUUUCAAAUGGUUGUGAAGGAUGGUUCCUUAGAAAUAUAUGAUGGGCAAAAGAAGAUGAUACUAAAGGCUCGUCUCUCAAAGAACAUAACCUUUGUCAUCAACAUACAAGCUACAAAUAUCAAAUGUUUGAAGGAAGUAAACUCAUGUGAUAAGGAUUGA